CGUGAAGCCAGCCCACUGCAAAGUCAGCCGUAGCCAUGGUCCCAACACCCGCCGAUCCCAUCGAGUUGCUUCUUCGAAUUUUCCUCCCUUCUCGAACCGACCCAUGAAUUGUACUCUUGUCGUGACCGGAUGGGCGUGUGUCCGUCCCACCGUUGUCCCGCGCGCUUAGCGAGGAUGAGAAGGCCUUGCAAAUGUGGAUCGUGAUGGGGGAGCGAGCGCGGGAUCCGCCCGAUGCCCAUCGCGGUCUCUUUCCCCCACUGUCCACCGCCUGCCACACUACUGCUGACGCUGAUACUGCCGCCGUUUCUGCUGCGUUGAUCAGCGAAUUUAAUGGAUCUGCCGCGCUCGUCUUUUCCUUUUCUCUCGCUUCUUUUGACAUUCUCAUUAACUUAAACCCAUCUCUCUCUCUCUCGCUCCCCUUCAGAUCCAAAUGAGUCGCUUGAAGUACGUUGCUCCGGCGAUACCUCGCACGGUGACCCUACGACCAAAGCUUCUCUUCGCCGAGUUGGAGUCGCUGCGGUCGGUUUCUUUCUUCUUGAUCUCCUCUUCUUGAUCGUUUCCCUGCCGGCUGGAACUCGAGACAUUGAAACCGCCGUGGAGAUGAACCCGCUGUGCUGCAUUGCGCCUGUGUCGCUGGAUCGGGGCGACCGGGAUCCCUCGCCCAUGGUGGGGCUCAAAUCCUCGAAGCCGUCGAUUGGGGCGGAAAGCCCCACCAGGAAUUCGUCGAGCAAGAAGUUGAUCCAGGUCCCGGUGAUCCUCUCGGAUUCCGACGCUGCUGCGUGUGUGGAAACGGAGGCUGAGGGGCUGGAGAGUGGGGAUGGAAGGGGAGGGAGUGGGAAUGGGGCGGUCGCAGGGGUAAUAUGGAAGUGGGUGAACUAUGGGAAGGGGUGGCGGUCGCGAUGGUUCGUGCUGCAGGAUGGGGUGUUAUCCUACUACAAGGUCCAUGGACCCGAUCGGAUAUCGGUUGGUUCGGCCAGGCGUGAAUCUGGGGUCAGGGUUAUCGGGGAGGAGUCGUUGAGACGGAUGAGGAAGGAGCAGCAGUUGGGGAUGGGGAGUGGAGGUUACACUGGGCCGCGGUGGAAGCCAUUUGGGGAGGUACAUUUGAAGGUCUCUUCAGUUCGUGCCAGCAAGUCAGAUGAUAAAAGGCUGUAUAUUUUUACUGGUACUAAAACUCUUCAUUUACGGUGUGAUUCUAGAGAAGAUCGAACUGCAUGGCUUGAUGCUCUAUUGUCUGCUAAGGAUCAUUUUGCUCCUUCACUGGCAAUUAAUGAACCUGAACCUUCAGUGGAGGUUACUGUCUCAACUGAUAAACUACGAGCAAAACUGAUGCAGGAGGGACUAAGUGAAGCAGCAGUUAAGGAAUGCGAGACUAUUAUGCUAUCUGAAGUCUCUGAGCUGCAGGACCAAUUAAAAUCCUUGCAACAGAGACAUCUUAUUCUACUUGAUACAUUGAGACAACUUGAGACAGAGAAAGUUGAACUGGAGACCACAGUAGUUGAUGAAAGAAAGGAACGUGAAGCACAACUAGGGAUGGUCAACGGAAGAUUUAGUGAUUUCUAUUCCAUUAUCUCAGAGGGCACAGCAACCGACUCUGAAGUCGACAAUGAAAGUCAAGGCGCUGAUGUCGAUACAGAUGAAGAUGAUGGAACAUACUUUGACACAAGGGACUUUUUAUCUGCUGAGUUACUAAGAAAUACUUCUUACCGUAGUAGGGAAGCCAUGGGUAAUGGUUGUGUUGUGUCAGCCUGUAGUAUUGAGUCCACAUUUCCUGACAAUUGUCAAGAUAUGGUUCUUGGAGUCAGAAGAAUUGAGUAUCCCUAUGUUGAGAGGAGGAACAAAUUGCCUGAGCCAAAGGAAAAAGAAAAGCCUGUUGGCUUGUGGUCGAUAAUUAAAGAGAAUAUUGGGAAGGAUCUUUCUGGUGUCUGUCUUCCAGUUUACUUCAACGAACCACUUUCUUCCCUCCAGAAAUGCUUCGAGGAUCUUGAGUAUUCCUACCUGGUUGAUCGGGCAUUAGAGUGGGGCAGACAGGGAAACAGCCUAAUGAGGAUUCUACAUAUUGCUGCAUUUGCUGUAUCUGGUUAUGCUUCAACUGAAGGCCGACAAUGCAAACCGUUCAACCCUCUUCUCGGAGAGACAUAUGAAGCUGAUUAUCCAGACAAGGGGCUGCGCUUCAUCUCUGAGAAGGUGAGUCAUCAUCCAAUGGUUGUUGCUUGUCACUGUGAUGGUAGAGGAUGGAAAUUUUGUGGAGACUCUAAUCUAAAAGGAAAGUUCUGGGGUCGAUCUAUUCAGCUUGAUCCUAUUGGGAUCCUGACUCUUCAGUUUGAAGACGGAGAAACAUUUCAGUGGAGUAAAGUCACUACUUCUAUAUAUAACAUAAUUAUUGGGAAAAUUUAUUGUGACCACUAUGGUACUAUGCGAAUAAGGGGCAGUGGCCAGUACUCCUGCAAACUCAAGUUCAAAGAACAAUCCAUCAUUGAUCGAAAUCCCCAUCAGGUGCAUGGUUUUGUGCAAGAUAAUAGAACUGGUGACAAGGUAGCAAUGCUGAUGGGAAAGUGGGAUGAGGCAAUGUAUUAUGUGUUAGGAGACCCAACUACAAAGCCAAAGGGUUAUGACCCAAUGUCCGAAGCAGUACUUAUUUGGGAACGAGAUAAGUUUGUAAAUCAAACUCGAUACAACCUCACGCCAUUCGCUAUUUCCUUAAAUGAGCUGACGCCAUCCUUGAUGGAGAAGUUGCCUCCAACUGACUCCCGCUUAAGGCCUGAUCAAAGACAUUUAGAGAAUGGAGAAUAUGAGCUGGCAAAUACAGAGAAACUUAGGCUGGAACAAUUACAAAGACAGGCAAGGAAGCUACAAGAGAAGGGGUGGCAACCGAGGUGGUUCAGGAGAAAUAGGGAGGAUGACUGUUACCAGUAUGUGGGCGGAUAUUGGGAAGCACGCAAGCAAAGAAAAUGGGAUGAAAUUCCGGAUGUAUUUGCCAAGGGUGACGAUUUGUUGAGUAUAGAGUAAUGUUUUUUUUCUACCUACUAUGUACAUGUAUAAUGCAAGGAAAUUGGGUAUGCAGCCAUAUGUAAUUAGGAGGAUUGACGUGUUAUCAACUAUCAGCCAUUUGAGAUCAAUAUUUCACUAUGCCCCAUCUUAUGUUA